UAUCUGCGUCGUCAUCUAGUCAAACUGCAUACUGAUUACGAAACUAUCCUCACCUCCCAAACACCCCGAAGAAGGUUUUACCCAAAUCUCUCCUCUCAAAACCCUAAAAUCUCUCAGUGAUUCCAUCUUCUCUCCCGGUUCUGAUCUCGAUCUCCUUCUUGAAUCUGUGUUUGACAUAAGAUGUCUGGAGGUUUAGAUAUGACACUUGAUGAAUCUAUAAAGAGGGCUAAGGCUGCAAAAUCUGGAGGCAGAGGCACUUCCCGCCGUGGUGGUGGUGGUCGUCGUGAUCACGGACCUAACGGGUUUCUUGGUGGAAGAGGCAACGGACCUGCUCGAAGAGGCCCUCUUGCUGUGAAUUCUCGGACCUCAUCUUUCACCAUUAACAAGCCUGUUCGUAGGACCAGAAGCGUGCCAUGGCAGAAUGGUUUGUUUGAAGAUGGCCUAAGAGCUGCUGGAGUAGACGUUGAAACCAGGCUCCAUAUCACCAACCUGGACAAUGGUGUAACAAACGAUGAUAUAAGGGAACUCUUCUCUGAAAUUGGGGAGCUCAAACGUUAUGCGAUUCAUUUUGAUAAAAAUGGGCGUCCAAGUGGCACAGCGGAAGUGGUGUAUCCAAGAAGAAGUGAUGCAAUUCAAGCUCUGAAGAAAUACAACAACGUGUUGUUGGAUGGAAGGCCAAUGAGACUUGAGAUAUUGGGUGGAAACAACGCUGAGGCUCCUCCUUUAUCUGGUCGUGUGAAUGUGAAUGUCUCUGGACUCAAUGGAAGGCUGAAGAGGACGGUCGUUAUCCAGCAAGGAGGGAGAGGUAAUGGUAGAUUGAGAGGGAGAGGAGGAAGAGGUCCAGCUCCUGCUGUCAAUCGUCUUCCAAUUCAAAACCGGCAGGGAGGAGGAAGGGGUGGGUUUCGUGGUGGUAGAGGGAGAGGUGGACGUGGCCGUGGUGGUGGUGGGAGAGGGAAUGGGAAGAAGCCAGUGGAGAAAUCAGCUGCUGACCUUGACAAGGAUCUUGAGAGCUAUCACGCAGAUGCAAUGAACACUUCUUAAAAAGCCUCAAGAGAGAAUUCAGUGUUUGUUUGUUACUACUUAGGCUCGUGUGUUUGUUUGUACCAAGUAAGUACGUAGUUACAGUGUUUGAGAUAUGAUGUGCUGUGCUCUUUGUUUCCAGUGAUUUUAGUUUUGUUUGGUGGUUGGCAAGUGUUAAGUAAGUGAGGAAUGUUUGUUUCAAAAAGAUUGAAGAUUGAGUGCUUUUAAAAUUCUAA